AUGGGUGAUGUUACCAUUGAUUUAGUAACUAUUAUUAAUAUUCUAAAGAAUGUUCGUGGUAGCUUCAAUGCAGGACGUCUCUCGGCCAUUGUUGGACCAUCCGGAGCUGGAAAAUCGACUCUCUUGAACAUCCUCUCUGGUUUAAAGAAACCAUCAAAUGAAAGUAUUUUGUUAAUUAACGGAGAAAAAGUAAACCAGAGUUUUAUUAGGAAAAACUCUGCCUAUAUUGCUCAGGAUAUUACAUUUUUGGGUAAGCUCACAACGAGAGAAACUCUGGAAUAUGCUGCGAAAUUUAAAUUACCAACGAAUACUUCGAAGAUUGCAAGAUUAACGAUAGUUGAGGAUAUUGUGCAGCUGCUUGGAAUGGAAAAGUGUCUCCACAAUCAUGUUGAAAAGCUUUCAGGAGGCGAAAGGAAGCGCUUGGCGAUUGGCGAGGAGUUGAUCACAAAUCCACCUGUGAUGAUCUUCGAUGAACCAACAAGUGGUCUAGAUAGUGUCUCCACUGUGCAGGUUGUGAGGCACCUGAAGGAUCUGGCACGAUCGGGUCGAACUGUAAUUUGUGUGAUUCACCAACCCUCGUCAUUUGUGUUAGAGCUUUUUGACGAUAUCUACGUCCUUUCUGAUGGACAGUGCCUCUACAAUGGUUCAGUUGAGGAUAUUGUUCCGAGAUUUCAAGAAGCUGGCUUCCUCUGUCCUCAGUACUACAACCGUGCUGAUUUUAUCCUUGAAGUUGCCAGUCAGCAGAGACAAGGAAACCGUGAGCUUCUACUUGUAAAAGCAAGAGAUGGUGUUAAGACACAACAAUCAAUUGCAAAUAGUUUGAGCUCCUUGAAUAUUAGCAGGAAUGGAAUGACCCCAGACGGAAACCCAUCGGAAUCGAAAAUAUUUCACAGAGAAUUCUUAAAUAAUCGCUACACCUUCUUCCCGUAUUUCUACGCGAAAAUCUUGGCUGAUCUUCCGAUUCUUCUUAUUUGUUCUUUUGCCACAUUAAUACCAGCUUACUACAUGUCUGGGCAACCCACUGAGUCCUACAAGCCUCUAUCGUAUCUUUCUUUUGUACGGUACUACUUCGAGGGACUCCUUCAAACAAUCUAUGGAUUUGAUCGUGAAGAUCUGGACUGUGAAGGAAUAUCUUGCUUCUUCAGAUCUCCCAAGAAGAUUCUCGAGAAUUUGGCCAUAGAUGAAACUAAUUAUGUGUGGGAUUUUGUGGGAAGUUUCAUUUGGAUUGUUGCUUUAAAAUUAAUCACAAUUUUUGCACUUAGAAGGCAGGUCAACUUGUAA